AUGGCUUCCAACGACUUCCCGUCCUCGGUACACGAUGAGUAUCCGCCAAGAGCGGAUCUGCGCCAGAUGAUGGCUCACCAGCCGCUUCCUACGAUCCCUCCCGGAACGAUAGAUCCAGCUUCCAUCACUGGUGAUGAGCCGGUGAAGCUGGCGCGCACUGUGUUGCGCCGCCUGAGCGCUGCACUGGCGGAUGAUGAUGCCAUCGCCGUUGAAAGUUGUUUCUUUGCCAAUCAGGCAUAUUGGAGAGAUCAACUGGCACUCACGUACCACCUCCGCACCUUUAGCGGCCCUAGCGCAAUCACCGCGAGCUUACUAGAAACAAAGAACUUGAGGGAGAUCGAAGGGGAAAUUGCUGUCGAUGGGGGCGCGGUCUUCCUCCCCGCUGCGCCGACGCUUCAAUUUAUCGACUGUGGUAUCGCUUUCCGAACUGGCUCUCCCGGCGCGACAUGCAAAGGAAAGGUGGUUCUACUUCCUGUUAAGAACCGCCAUGAGACAAUUGAGUGGAAGAUCUGGGUUCUGAGUACGUUCCUCGAGAGUUUAGACUUGCAGCAAGAGGAUGAGGCAUUGCUCAACUCUCCUGGAAGGCAAUUGGAUGGCCUUGCGACAUUCGAUACGGAUGUCUUUAUUGUCGGAGGCGGAAACGCUGCUGUCACUCUCGCAGCACGUCUCAAAGCGUUGGACGUCGAGAGCGUCAUGGCCGAGCGUAAUCCGCGACCUGGCGAUAACUGGGCCCUGCGCUAUGACUGCAUGCGCUUUCACAUUCCAACAUCAUUCUGUGACAUGCCCUACAUGUCGUAUGACGAGGAACUUCGAGCUCCCCACCUCUUGACUAGAGAGGAGCUGGCUUUACAGGUCAGACGGUAUGUGGAAACCUUUGGCCUGAAUAUCAUCACCUCCGCGCAGAUCCUGUCAACCACGUACGACCCAUCCACCAAACGUUGGGAGGUCAAGAUUCAGGCACCUGCUGGCCAACAAACAGUGCACUGUAAGCAUCUCGUGCUUGCGACCGGCAUCGCGUCCCAGGAGCCCUAUCUGCCAAAGGUAGCAGAUAAUCACCUAUAUCAAGGAACCAGCCUCCAUUCGGCUCAGUACAGGAAUGCAAAGCAGUUAGCGGAGACGGGGGCUAAGUCUGUCCUCGUAAUUGGAUCUGCCAACACUGCUUUCGACGUUCUCGAAGACUGCCACAGCGCUGGUCUCCAGACAACAAUGGUGGUUCGAUCUCCGACCUACAUUGUCCCAGUCGCCUAUGUCUGCGAUAAGCGCAGUCUCGGAGCCUACGACAUGGGUGUCGAGUUCGCUGAUCGACUCUUCAUGACGCUGCCGUCGCACGUAGACGCCCAGCUCGCUCGGGGUUUGAUCGCGCAGUUCGCAACGCAGGAACCACAUCGUUACGACGAUCUUGCAGCCACCGGGUUCCCGGUUAUUGACAGUCGCGACCCGGAGAUGUCAUUGAUGCAUAACCUGCUGGAGCGAGCGGGUGGACAUUAUGUGGAUGUGGGCGGCACCAAGUUGUUCACGGACGGUAAGGCAGGCGUGAAGGCCGGAGUCGAGCCCAUUGCGUACACGGCCACAGGACUACGGUUCUCGGACGGAAGCACCGCCGAUGCAGAUGCUGUGGUAUGGUGCACAGGAUUUGCCGACAAGGACAUGCGCGACACGGCAAUCCGAACCCUGGGUGGACGCUCUUGUAGUGAGGAUACCAGCACUGAGCCCCAACAGUUCCUUGGCCCUCGUGAAAUUGCCGAUCGCCUUGACGCGACUUGGGGAAUUGAUGCUGAGGGCGAGAUACGUGGUUUGUGGAAGCGUCAAUCGCGCCUCGACAACCUCUGGAUCGCGGGUGGUUAUACGCAACAACACCGGUGGCACUCGCGAACGCUAGCCCUGCAGAUCAAGGCCUCUUUAGAAGGUAUACUGCCUCCAGCAUAUCGGGACACGCCACAUGCUGCGCGGGCAAGUCCGCAUAAAUGUACGUUACUAUAG